AUGGACGUCGGACGCGAGGGCCACUCGGGCCUGUACACCAUGCACUUCUCCACGGUGUUCCCGGCGGAGAAGGCAGCACAGGAGAAGACGAACAGCACGGCAACAAACUCGUCCUCCUCGUCCCCGCCACCAGCACCGAUGUCCUCGGAUGGCGGCAAGCCCAGCGCGAGCGGCAGUCCGUGCUGCUCUCUCUCCCAGUUCAGCCAGUGGCACAUGCUGAUCCGCGUGGACGUGGAAAACGAGAUGUUCUUUGUGAAAGGCGACGCCAAGGUGUUCUCGCCAACACCGUCGCUGACCAGCGGGAUGGCACGCGGCAUUAACCGCGACGGCACACCCGCGCAGAGCUCGACGUCGCCGGACGGCAUCCCGAUUGUACCGGUGCAUCAGAAGGAUCGGCGGUGCAGUGUUGCCAUCGGGAGCUACUACCGUCAAGCCGAGGGCCUCGAUACUGCGGCCACAAUGCCGUCUUCGUCUAUGCUUGGCUUGGAAGUGCGGAUGCCGCGACUCGAGGCGGCCGUCCUGGGACUUGCGGAGCCGGAGAUGCUGACGGACGUUGUGCUGAACUGCUCAGGACACAAGUCGUGCGGGUGGUACAUGGGUGCCGUAACGGUGACGGCGGAAGGCAAGGCGGUAGAGACGCCGCAGACGAUUCGGUUUCUCCUGAAACCCUUCUAUGGCCACCGAUGCGCGCAAUGCCUCGACCCCGUCUACGCCAUCGGCUACACAUGCGAGCACUGCCAGGUGCCGCACUACUGCUCCCGGGAUUGCAUGAAUGCGCACAUGAAGCGGCACCAUAAGCUCUUGUGUCCGCUGCUGUAUGACAAGUACCGCUGCCAGUCUGGUGAGGUGGUGACGGAGGUGCCGGAUGGGUCGGCGCUCGUGGCGUGGUGGCGCUGCCUCGAACACGGCACCUUCAGCGUGUUGGUGGACCCCAACAACUCCCUCGGCUACGCGAUUGAGCUCACGCUGAACGUGCUCAAGUCGGCGCGGCAGGAAGGCCUGCAGUAUCGUCUGGUGUCUUCCACGACCCUGACGUCGUCGCCGCCGCACGAGGAGGUGGCGCGAUUUGCCUGUGUGCUGCUGCGCGAGGUGAACCGCAGCGCCAUCCUCGAGGGCUGCGCGCCGCUCGCGGCGGCUUGCCUCGACUACCUCUACGUCUUCAGCCCGACCGCCGACUUCGCCAUCCAGGCGCAUAUACUCUUCUUCACCACCUUCCACUGCGAGGACCUCGACGUGCCGAUCGACACCUUCGAGGAGUAUGUCUCCUACGCCCGUCCCCUGCACGCGCUGGCGUCACUGCAGAUCAACUACGCUCUCAAGAGCACGAUCCCGGCAGAGUUCUGGCGCCGCGUAAAGGUCGCGAAGGACUCGAUCGCCUCGUUGCUGGCGGUGACCAACGUCGUGCCCAGCGGCGGGGUGGAGGGGCUGAAGGAGAUCAUUACGGCGCAACAGCGCGACGCGCUCAUGAUGCUGUCGCGCAUCUUUGUGAUGAUGGCAGCGCGCGCCCCGGAGAGUGAGUGCCAGCGCUGGCUGGAGCAGGCAGAGCGCUGCCUGAGUCAGUGCCAGGAUGGGCUGGCGGUGCCCAACUCCUUCGAGAUGGAUGCCAUGAUAUGCUUCCGCCGCGCCGCCCUCUUGCUCCUAUUUAAAACUGACGCGAAGACGGAGGAGGCCAAGACGCAGCGAAAGAAAGGCGAGUCGUUCCUAAAGCUGCGCCAGAAGCCCGCGGCUGAUACAGCGAGCAUGCAGCAGCAGAAUGGCGUGGAGGAGGGCGAGCAGGCCAAGGUGGAUGUCAAGAAGGUUUAG